GCGAGUAGUCGCGCGCCGGCCACAGCGACGCACGCGCGCGCGUUAUACUGCCUCCGACUCCGGAAUAUCCAUUCCUCAUUUGAAAUGACCGGUCCGAAACACGAACGCUUGCUAGUGUUCACAGAGUGCUUGCCCAGUAGUGAUUCCUCUAAUUGGUGCUUUUGAGUGAGUGACGCCGGGAAUGUACGAGAACUCCCGCUGGACAAGUUUACAAUGGCCCAAAUUGCAUUAAAUGGGUAAUUGUUCAGGUGGUGUUACAAACAAUUUAACAAACCAUGAACAGUGAUAGAACAAAAAUGAACUUUUCGACCGUGACGUGAUAAAAAAACUGCCACAAAAUGAAAAACAGUGAGGAGUGUUUAGACUGAACGAGACAUUACUAGACAUUAUUACAAACAGUGUGAUAUUUAUUGAUCUUAUUUAAAAUUAAGUUGUAAAUUAUAAAGAAACAUUAUAUCAAUUAGACUUAUAACAUUGUAAAUAUAUUUGUUAAGUGAUAAAAGACGUUUAGUGUUCGUAUAAGCCUGCUGGCUGGCAAAGUUUGGGACUCUAAGCCCGCGGCAGAAACGUUGGAGGCGACGGCGGCCAUCGCAGGCAUGGGAAUCAAAGUCAUGAUGAAAGCUUUCAAUAAGCCAAAAGACAUCCCGUCGCAGGUGCCGCCGCUGACGCCUGGCACCAACAAGAAGAUGGCCGAGGCGCUGAAGGCUACCUUCGCCUCCUGGGAGAAGGAGCAACUGCGCCUCGGCGUGCCCAAAGAUCCCCGACAAUGGAGCGAAGCGGCGGUAGCGGCAUGGCUGCGCUGGGCGGCGCGCGAGUUCUCUCUCGAGGGCGUCGCGCUGCAGCAAUUUGCGCGUGCGCAGGGCAAGGACAUCUGCGCUAUGGGCCGCGAGGAGUUCGUCGCGCGCGCACCCGCCUUCAUGGGAGACAUACUGUGGGAGCACCUCGAGAUACUACAGAAAGACGUAGAGAAGGAGCGGUCUUUACUCGCGAACGUGCCGCCCAACAUGUACGAGAGCAACGUGUGCCUGCCCGAGUUGUCAGAGUACAUCCCGCCGCCUGCGCACCACUACAACAACAACAACAAUACUGGAGGAUACACCACAGGCGGUCCUCGGGAGCCGAACGCGUACGGCUACUCGGAAGCGAGCGGCGGCGCGGCGGCCCCGGCGCCUGCGCCCGCGCCCGCUGCCUCCUCCCCCCUCGACGAGUACUACCCGCCGGAGUACCCCCCCGCGCCGCCUCCUGCGCAGCCCUACCUCGACGAGUACUAUCACCACGCGCAUGCCCACACGCAGCCGCUGCUCGCGCACCCCGAACACAAGUACCAGCCGCAUGGAUACAACAAGCCUUAUCCUAGAGCAGGUGCAGGCGGGAGGUACGGUGGCGAAAGCUACGGCGAGGGCUAUGGCACGGAGUACGGCGGCGCAUGCGCAGACUGGGGCGAAUGGCCCAGCGAACAGCACGCGCUUAUCCCCCAAGACAAGCUGGCAUAUCCCGCCUCUGGACCAUGCUUUACCGGUUCAGGCCCCAUCCAGUUGUGGCAGUUCCUACUAGAGCUGCUCACCGACAAGAGCUGCCAAGGUUUCAUCUCCUGGACAGGAGACGGCUGGGAGUUCAAGCUCACCGACCCAGAUGAGGUGGCCCGCCGCUGGGGCAUCCGCAAGAACAAGCCGAAGAUGAACUACGAGAAACUCUCACGUGGUCUCCGCUACUAUUACGACAAGAACAUCAUUCACAAGACGGCCGGGAAACGUUACGUGUAUCGCUUCGUCUGCGAUCUGCAAAGCUUGCUCGGAAUCUCGCCCGAACAACUGCACGCAAUGUACGAGCCCAAGAUGGAAAAGAAAGACGACGACUGAACCCGACUCACUCUCGAUCGCCACUCACUCGCUUCUCACGCGAUCGCCAUCCUUUCGCAGACCAUUUAGUACCGCACAUUUUGGCUAGCUGCCAUAUAAUAAGCUACAUACGUAAUAUAGUUCUUUUUGGAACUGACAUUUCAGUCACAAAACACACUUUGUAGAUAGAGGAUACAACUGUAAAAAAUUCCAGACAUUAUUUCCUCACUUUUUAUUUCGAAUGGCCUGGAAUCAUUCGGGACCUUCAAGUCAAAGGUGGCUAAUGAUUAUAGUCAGUUGGUAGUCAGAUUGUACAUUGAGCCGUUAAAUUAUGUACCUAGUGUCAAUUCUUAACGUUUUGGUUUACUUUGAUCUUGAUUGUUAUAUUUGGAACAUAGCAAAAAUGUUUAAAAGGCUCAUAGUUUCGACCUUGUAGUAGCAUUGUUUGCAUAUAGAAGAGAAUUUCCUUUGAAUGUCGGAUUUGAUCUCAUACACAGCCACCAAUGGAACUAACACUAACUUAUACAAACGUAAUUCAUUUUACAUCUUCAUGAUUAUUUAUACGUACAUGUAACCAAUAAACCAACGGUGCCUUACAUUAUUAUUCACUCCAUACAUUUACAAGGACAGUUGAUCCUUUUUGAUUUCGUCGUUAUAUGCCAGUAUUAAAGAGGCACAACAAAUCAUGAAAUUAUUUAUAAAAAUAGUCACAGCCCAAUGUUUAAUGUCUUAAAAUAAAUCAACACAAUUGACGAAUAUCAAAAACUAGUGCUAAAGUAGUAAAAUUCUGCUAUAAUUUUAACGAUAACUGUAAAUAUAAGUUAAUUUUGUUACUUUAUAAAAAUAAUUAGGUAUUAUAUUAAAAUAGGUAUUAAGUGUUGUAUGUUUGAUACGCAAAUUGUUGCAAUAUGCGAUUAAAUUAUGCAUAGUUAGAACGUGAUGGACAUGAAACGAUUAUUGAAUAUUUAAUGCAGAAAGUCCAAAGAUUAUAAAAUCUAAAACUCCCACCAAUUGGUAAAGAUAUUAUGGAACUACCAAAGGGACUUCUCGUUUUGCUAUUUUCAAAAUACUUGACCCUCUAGUGGCCGUUUGUUUCAAAUGAGAUUCUCCAUCGAUCGAUAGUCAGUAAUCAUAGCAUCUUGUACUCGGCAAUAAUUAGCAACUGUAAACUUUACCUAAAUUCCUGAACAUAAGCAACACGCCUGGUGACGUCAUUGGUCGCUGAUCUCGUGGUAAGGGAUUGUAAUGUCUUACUAGUUAUGAAAUUAAUUAGUUGUAUUAUUUUCAAUUUUUAUAGCUCCUAGCGUACACCGAAGAUAUUUCGAUAAGUUUUAUUUUGUAAAGUAUCUCUCCUCCAUCAAUACCAUACUAUUGUCCGAUUCAAAUAUGAUCGGGUGGUCGAAUCCCUUCAUCGAACGCACGGUGUUUUAAAUUAUGAAUAAAAACUAUACAUAUCCCUGCUUCACUGAACUUCUGUGUGUACAUUUUAUGGGACAUGUUUCGUCUAGCUGUCAAUUAUCCAUAUCAACACUUUGGAAUUUAUUUAAAAUUAAACAAUGUCUUCCCUGCCUUGAAAAGCUCAUCAGUAGGUCUAACUCAAUUUGUAAUUGUGGAUUUUACUAUGUAAUUUUAUACGAUUGUUUAGUUAUUGUACCGUACAUAUUUACAUGAUCCUGUAAGCGAAAGCCAUUUUAAAGUGAGACCUAUUGUAGUUACGGCCAAAUUAUUGAAUGUGUAAGUGUCGUAUGUAUUGAUGGAAGAUAUAAAUUUAAAUAUAUAUAUUUACGAAAUUA